AUGGGUGACGAAUUGGCUAACUUGAAGACGAUGGGUGACGAAUUGGCUAACUUGCGGUGGAAUUUUGUGAUAACGAAUAAUGCUGGGACGAGGAUUCCGGUGGCGGUGGCCCUGAAUCGACGGAGCAUGCUAACAAUCCCAGACGAGGUAAAGAAUGACAAACGGUGCAUUAAACGAACCAUCAACCAACACGACUUUGAGCAAAAUGAGAUCAUUCAGAAGAAUGAGCAUUGGACGGUUCCCAAUAGAUCUCUGCCGAAAGACCAGGUUGAGAGAGAAAUCGGUAACAUGCUAGCCGAUUUCUGCUCCGAUGCUGACGUUUAUAUGCUGAAACGAGACUUGGCAGCCCGCUCACCUGCUUCUCAGUCGAGAGAUUGUCAGUCAUUCUGCUUCAACUGUUCCAUUGAAGGCCACCAAGAGCCCGGAGCCAACACUCAGCAGUAGACCAUAUCGGUUAUGAGCAAUUUGUUGAGGAAAAAAAAGAUAAAGUAAAACUAUGCUUAAUGAUACCUUAAGAAUUACCGUAAUUCAACUCAUGAUGUCAAAUAAAGAAUUCUGAGUAGC